CUGGUUAGCCCAGCAUUGUAAUUUGGCGCUAAAUAUUCCUCUGUGUGAUUUAGUGCUAACUAUCCUACAGUGUGAUUUAGAGAUAGCUAGCCCAGCAUUGUGAUUUAGCACUAAUUAUCCUAGAGUGUGAUUUAGCGCUAACUAGCCUAGCAGUGUGAUUUAGUGCUAACUAACCUAGGGGUGUGAUUUUAGUUUUAUCUGGACUGUAAGGUCUGAAGGGUGUUUUAUACCGUAAUGAUCUGUUUUAGUCUUUAUUUUAGUUUAGUUUUAUCUGGACUGUAAGGUCUGAAGGGUGUUUUAUACUGUAAUGAUCCGUUUUAGUGUUUAGUUUAGUUUUAUCUGGACUGUAAGGUCUGAAGGGUGUUUUAUACUGUAAUGAUCUGUUUUAGUCUUUAUUUUAGUUUAAUUUUGUUUUGAUAUGAAGUUUAAUGAAUGUAUAAAUGUGUGUGUUUGUUCUUCAGGGUGGAUCAUGGAGGGAAGAUCAGGAUCAAACCAAGACUGAAGAAAUAUGCUGUUAAUCUCACUCUGGAUCCAAACACAGUGGACAGUCGUCUCUCUCUGUCUGAGAGGAACAGAGAGGUGAAGUGGGUGAGAGAAGAUCAGUCGUAUCCAGAUCAUCCAGCCAGAUUUGAGUACUGGUCUCAGGUUCUGAGUGUGGAGAGUCUGACUGGACGCUGUUACUGGGAGGUUCAGUGGAGUGGAUGGGUUUAUAUAUCAGUAUCAUACAGAGGAAUCAGGAGGAAAGGAGGCAGUAAUGACUGUGUGUUUGGAUUCAAUAAUCACUCCUGGAGUCUGAUCUGCUCUAAUAAGAGAUACUCUGUCUAUCACAAUAAUCAGAGAACUGUCCUACCUGCCCCCCCCUUCCCCUCUAACAGAGUAGGAGUGUAUCUGGACUGGGGGUCCAGCACUCUGUCCUUCUACACCAUCUCACCUAACACACACACACUGACCCACCUACACACACUCACCACCACAUUCACUGAACCGCUCUACGCUGGAUUUAGAGUUUAUUAUGACUCCUCAGUGAGUCUGUGUGAGGUAGAAUAACCUGUACAGAGAGAGAGAGAGAGAGAGAGAGAGAGAGAGACAGAGAGAGAUACAGAUAGAGAGAGAGAGACAGAGAGAGAGAGAGAGAGAGAGAGAGAGGGAGUGGGGGGGUGGGGUCAGGUUGGUGAAAAUGUGUUUGUUGUUUAUCAGUUUGAUCUCAGACUGUAAAUAUGAGAGAAUUCAAACCUUUCUGUGUUUAAAUUAUUCAGAAUAAAUAAAGAGAAUAAAAUAAACUGUUUUCUCUAAAAUGUGA